AAAGCCAUUGUUUCCUCAGCGUUCCCCUAUUACUCCAUCUCCGCCGCGCGUGUACGGGACGAGGGGUUAGGCUUCUUACUGCCCCAUCGUCCCUGAACAGGACUAGGGGGUUGCAUUUUGUUGCAUUUCUGAAAAACGGGUACUUAUUUUCAGGGGGGGGGUUUGACGGUACCCGUUUCGCACCUUGGGCAACAUGCUGUCACGGUUUGGCCGGUACGCUGCGGGCGUGUUGGCGCUGUUCUCCUUGGCAAGCUGCUGUGACCGUUCUGCCUCUAUCUGCGGGGCUCAGGGCCCUGGGGACAUCCUCAUCGGGGUGCUCAGUCCAUGCCAUUCCAGGGUGGAGACCCUGCACAAGCGUGUGGAGCCAGAGGUGUUCAACUGCUCACAUUUGGAUUUGCUGUCGUUCGUGCGGUCUCUGGCAGUCAUCCACACCAUCGACACCAUCAACGACUCUGGCUUCCUCCCAGGAGUGCAGCUCGGCUACACCGUCUGCGACACCUGCUCCCACGCCACCAAAGCCGUCCAGAUCUCUCAGCACCUCCUGUCCAUUAACGGCACGCUGUCGGUCCAGUGCGACCUCACCGACCGCGUGCCGGUGAAGGCCAUCAUCGGGGCCCGGUACUCCGAGGUUUCCAUCACCGUGGCCCGGUUCCUGAGCCUCCACAUGGUUCCCCAGAUUAGCACCACGUCGUCCGCGGACGUCCUGAGCGACAAGUCUCGCUUCCCGUCCUUCCUCCGCACCGUCCCGGGCGACGAGCACCAGACGAGGGCGCUGGCCCGCUUCCUGGCCCACUUCGGCUGGGACUGGGUGGGCGUGGUGUCCGGGGACGACGACUACGGCCGGGCGGCCCUGCUCAGCUUCCUGCGGGACGCGGAGGACGCGCGGGUGUGCCUGGCCUUCCAGGAGGUGGUGCCGCACUACCUGGACCACGUGGGCUUGGAGGGCCGGAUCCGGGAGGUGGCGGAGCGCAUCCGCGCCUCCCGCGCCCGCGUGGUCCUGCUCAUCCUCAAGGACCAGCUGGUGGAGCGGCUCUUCCGGGAGAUGAUCGCGGCCAACGUCUCCCGGAUCUGGGUCGCCAGCGACGCCUGGUCCAUGUCUCGACACUUGGCCAGCAUGGAGGGGAUCAACGGGGUGGGGGACAUCUUCGGGUUCAGCUUCAUCACCGGCCGGAUCCCCGGGUUCGAGGGGUACCUGCAGAACCUGGAGCCUGGCCCGGGUGCCACCAACAGCUUCAUUGAGGAGUAUAAGAAGCUGAGAUUCGAAUGCUCCCCUGACUUGCUCCAGCACCGGGCCUGUUUGGCUAACAACCCUCCUGAGUUGUGUCCCCUCCCCGAGUCCCUCCUCAUCAAGUCCCCACUGGCCUGCACCCUCUCCGACCCCCAAGAAGCCAACGAUGAUUUUUUGGUAAAGGGCGUUGACCUGACCUUGUCUUACAAUGAGAGAGUGGCCACGUGGGCGAUCGCCCAUGCCCUCCGGGAACUGCUGCGGUGCAACGAGACGUCCUGUUCCGCAGAGAGCUUUCCGGCUUGGAAGCUCCUGCAGGAACUCAGAAAGGUGAAUUUCACACUCGACCAGCGGCGUUUUAGCUUCGACGAGUCCGGCAACUUCAUGACCGGCUAUGAUCUGAUUCACUGGGUGAAAGUUGGCGACAAGAGGCAUUUCAAAGUGGUCGGCGAAUAUAACUUGAUCAAAAGAGAUUGUGACUUCAAUCAGGUCGACAUCGACUGGGACAAUCCCAACAACACGGUCCCAGAGUCCAAAUGCUCUCAGCCAUGUCCCCAAGGUUCCGCCAAGAAAGUGUCCAACGUCUCCUGCUGCUACAACUGCACUCUGUGCGAGGAGGGGACCUACUCUGACGUGGAGAACCUGGACACUUGCCGAAAGUGUCCCGUGGGUACCUGGUCUGAGAAGGGCUGGUCCCGCUGCCAGGCGAAGGUGGAGCGGUUCUUCCACUGGGACGAGCCCUUCGCCAUCGCCCUCCUGUCGGCCACGGCGCUGGGCGAGCUGCUGCUCUUCUUCGUCUUCGUCGUCUUCCUGGCGGGGAGGAAGAGCCCGGCGGUGAAGGUGGCGGGCGGCUGGUUCUGCUACCUGAUGAUCGCGGGGCUGGCGGUCAGCUUCGGCAGCGUGGUGCUGUUCGUGGGCCGCCCCAGCGCCCACAUCUGCAGGGCCCGGCAGAGCAUGUACGGCCUGGGCUUCACCCUCUGCCUCUCCUGCAUCCUGGUCAAGGCCUUCCGCACCUUCCUGGCCUUCCUCCUCGACCUGUACCGCCAGCACAAGCUGCGCAAGCUCUACAAGCCCGUCGCCAUCAUCGCGCUGGCCACCGCCGUCCAGGGCCUCAUCUGCAUCUUCUGGCUGGCCUUCGACACGCCCGUGGUGGAGCGGACGGACGAGGGUCUGGUCGUCCUGCUGCAGUGCAAGGAGGGCUCGCAGAUCGGCUUCAGCCUCAUGCUCUCGUACAUGGGCCUCCUGGCGCUGGUGUGCUUCCUGCUGGCGCUGAAGGGCCGGAAGGUCCCUCAGCGCUACAACGAGACGGGCUACAUCAUCUUCAGCGUGCUCAUCUACCUGUUCGUGUGGGUGUGCUUCAUCCCCAUCUACGUCACCAAGAUCCGGCAGCGCUCCGCCGUGCAGGCGUCGGCCAUCUUGGUCUCCAACUUCGGCAUCGUCUUCUGCCACUUCAUGCCCAAGUGCUACAUGGUGCUGUGCAAGAAGAAGGUGGAGAACUCCGCCGAGGCCUACCUGGAGAGGGUGCGGAUCUUCUCCGUCACCUCCACCCUCUCCGCCUUCUCGCGCAUCUCCGCCGACUCCGGGAAGGGCUCGCUGGAGGGGGCGAGCGCUUCGAGCCCUGUGAACUUCAGCCCCGCCAAGUUCCCUCCCUGCUCGCCGGCCGUGCCGUCGACCGCAGAGGAGCCCCGGGUGAGUGUCCCCCCUCCGCACCUGAGGAAACGGACCAGGAGGUCUUCCAUCUAACGCUAAUGGGCCCAGAGACUCCAGAAGUUUGGCUUCGAGGCAGCCGUCGACACCAGGACAAACUCCCCUCGUGGAUAUUACUCAACAUGAAUAAUGCUUUAUCUGCAUUGCUUGUUUGAGCAUGUUAAUAUUAAUUACAGAGGGAAAAACUGUGCAGAAGUAAAUGCACUUUCUGAAUUACGUUCCGCAGAUGAACAUUGCGCAAUUGACCUUUGUUUGAUGUGUAUUAUGGCACUUUAUUCAUGUGUUUUAUACAUGAUACAGCCAGGGCUGGGAAUUAAGCUUGCUAUUUUUUAUUUUUAUAUGGGAAUCUAUGUUUGGAUUAAUUUAUUGUCUGUUGAUUAAUGUUUGCUCUUCAUCCUUUGUAAUUAAAUUGUUUAUUUUGGGCUACUGAAGAUGUGUCUGGGCUAGUAAUUAUUUUAUUGCACUCGCCUAGUUGUUGGCUAAUACCAAAAAUGAUUACGUUCCACCCCUGUA